AUGGCUAACAGACAAGAAAAAGAAUGUCUUUCAAAAGCGUAUAAUAUAAUUAAAAGUGUAAAUCCACAUCCAAAAAUUAUUAGCGUUUAUGAAAAAGAUGAUAGCAAAGUUUAUGGUUUAGUUGGUGAUCAAUUAUACACAUAUGCUAGUAAUUGGGUUCCCUAUAACGAAGAAGUAAAUCUUUCAAAUUCAAUUAUUGAUCUUUCAAAUUCAAUCAUCGAGCUUAAUUUUGAAGGCAAAUCACAAGAAAUGAUAAAGGAAUAUUUUUCUAUUUAUGUUUAUGAUAAUAUUAACUCUGAUGAAAUAUCCUCUAUUGGUCCUAAUGAAGCAUCCACUAUUGAUC